GGAAAAAAGAAAAAAAAGAAAAGAAAUGAAUAACACCAUGGGAAUCAUCGAGCGCUCUUGCUAGCUUGGUCCAGGAGCAAUCCGUGCCGGGGGAAGAAGAGGCUAGGUGGCGAAGCAAUCCCGUUCCUCCUCCUGUCAUCUCGCGCUGCCUGCAGGAAUGCAUGCUUCUUUCUCCCUGUGCGCCUUUGCGAUGCACUGAUCAAUAGUCAGGAGUCAUAGUAAUCUGUAAUGGCUGAAUGUUCCCUGGCAACACUGAGAGGCCAGUAUCGAAGGAGAUGGACACAGUCCAACAGCAGGCUCUCCUCAAGGAAUAUGCCGAUUAGGAUGUCAACGAGGAGCUACACCCACAGGAUUCACCUUCCAUGCCAGUCCAAUGCUGCUAGAAAAUGGAAAAAUGCUGCAUUUACUCCUUCUGAUUUUCAUGGAAGGGGUCACUGGGUGGGAACUUUGGUGAAGUGUUCUUUCUUGGAGUCACUGAUGGAUUCUGAGAGCAUCGUCUCACCAAAUGUAAUGCUGAUUUCGGAUGAAGCUCUUCUCACCAUCAGCAUAGUUUUCGCGUAUUUGGCCGGUGUUGUACCCUCUGGGCAGACAUCUCAUGCCAGAAAUCAGAGUGCAAACCAAAAUCUUACAGCACCAAGCUCAUCUGAUUCUGGUAGGGAUAUAAAAUGCUUACCUGAAAGGAAUACUGGGUUUGACCCCAGCGAUAUGUGGAGUGAAGUGAGAGCUAAACUUUCCGAAGCCUUACAAGCAAAUGUUCAAGAUGCCAGUUUGGAUAGCAGAGAGAAUGAACUCACUAGUGAUAGGAAAAACUAUCCUUUGAGUAUGCUUGCAAUUCAUGGUGGUCCCAGGUUGCGGCUUCUUCUGGUCACAUUCCAGCUUCUUGAAAUGGAGGUAAGAAACAUCUCCGGAAAUUCUGAAUUUAUCGAUGGGAUCAGGUGGUUGCAAGUAUCAAAUACGUUGAUAGAUGGUUUGAUUCAACCGGCAUUUGUGAAAUGGAUUGAAGAAGAACAAGCCUUGGAAAAUGGCAAAAUCAAUGAAAUGAUAGGUAGCAAAAUAAAGGAGGACGAUAGGAUCUUGAAGAGGUUUAACAGAUUCGGGAAAUCUGAACUCUAUUUGGAUCUGCUCUUUUUCCUAAGAUUUGGUUCUGCAAGGUCUGAUAGCUAUUUUGAUGCUAAAUUUCUGGCUGAACAUGGAGCAAGAGUUUUGGAGGACCUGGUUAUUUCCUUAGCUGAUGUGAUUGCUAGUAUUUAUCUGGAGCUUAUGUCAGUUGAUGGAAAUAUGUCUACUGAGGUUGUUAGUUCUAGCUUAGCUCUAUGCUCUCUGUCAACUAGAGAACUUCAAAAGUUGCGUAAUGAGGUGGCUAUUAAUUGGUGGUUGCACCAAUACUUCGAGUCAGUUGUUUCAAUGUAUGAAGACAGGCUCGAGUUGUAUGUUCUAUGCAGAAAAAAAUGUGAAAAACCAGCAGAUAAUCAAGCUGAGAAGACAAAUUGGUGGAGGCUUGCAUUUGGGAAGCCUAGUGCGCCUACUAUUCUGAAUUAUGUUAACAUCAGCCCAUUUUCCCUUCCAGCGAGAAGGACGAAGGAAUUAAGAGCUUUGACUGGAUGGAGGUAUUACUUCAGCCUGUUCUUAGAGUUGUCAGACAUUGCCAUGCCUUUCGUAAGGGCUGCUGUCGGUAAAGUGAGCACUGCAGUGUCCUACUUCUGGGUGUCCAUGAUUGGAAGAUCUCUGGGACUGAUUUUCUCAGGGGUAAGGCAGGCACUCGGCUGGAGAUGAAGUCUAUGCAUGUUCAGUUUUGAAUCUGACUUCUUUUUUCUUCCUCCACUCUACUGCUACUGAAUGAAUCAUUGAUGACUCCUGCAAUCUCUAUUCAGCUUUGUCAACUGUUAGGCUAUGCAUUGGAAAUCUUUAUUACCCUGAGAAGGCUGUCUUUUCCCUCUCUUUUUUUUUGUAUUUCACAUCGCAUUGUGUAAGAAACUUUAUUAAUUUCGUCAAAGAUUGAAGAAUGAUAUGGAAAUCUGAGAAUUGCUGGAAUCAAAAUCAUUUGCUUA